UGAAGCAGCUGCCUCACGCAAAGGCAAAAGUCAGCGACAGCGCAGACAGGCCCGACAGCCAACUCCCACCGGCCGCACCCAGCCACAAUGUCGUCCUUUUUCACGGCACCCGAGGCCCAAAAGAAGAGGAAACGUCCAGCAGUGACGGAGGCACCGAAAAAACGGCUUGCAGCGACAAAAACAGCCCCCAAGCCUGCAAGCAAGGGCGCCGCGAAACCCGCCGCUGCCCCCAAGACGAAGGCCAUUGAGCGAGACGAGUCGAUAUCCGGCAGCGAUCUUGAGAGCGACGAGAGCGGAGAUGAUGUCCAGGACCGGAGCGGCUCUGAGGCUGGUUCAGACCAGUCGGAUCGAGAAGGAGAGACGGCGGCCGAGAAGCGCUUGAGGUUGGCCCAGCGCUAUCUGGAAAAGGCGCGGAAGGAGGUAGAAUUGGAGGACGAGUACGCCUUUGAUGCCGAGGAGAUUGACCGAGACUUGCUCGCGGAGCGGCUACAAGAGGACGUGGCCGAGUCGAAGGGUAAGGUCUACCGUCGGCUUGCCUCAGAGCUUAAUUUUGGGGAAGCAUCACAUACCCAGUUCCGCUGGAAUUCGGGCUCGGUGACGUCGGUGGCCGUGUGCGCUCCAUACGCCUACACGACAACCAAGGACGGUUAUCUUACGAAGUGGAAGUUGCAAGAUCUGCCUAAGAACCAGUGGCCUCAAGCGACACGGAGGAAAUCCAAGAAACCCCCUGCACCGCCCAAGAGGCGACCUGAGAGGAUAUGCUUCGCCAAAGCCAACCCAAGCAAAACCAAAGAUAAGACUUACCAAGGCCACACGGGAGCUCCCAUCGCCGUCAAGGCCUCUCAAGACGGCAAGUACGUUGUGACGGGCGGUGUCGACCGCCGUCUCGUCGUUUACAAUGCCGCCGAUCUUAAACCCAUCCGCGCCUUCACCCAACAUCGCGACGCCGUAACAGGCCUUGCCUUCCGCCGCGGCACGAACCAGCUCUUCUCCUGCUCUAAAGACCGCACCGUCAAAGUCUGGUCGCUUGACGAGCUAGCCUACGUCGAGACCCUUUUUGGCCACCAAGACGAGAUCCUCGACAUUGACGCCCUUGCCCAAGAGCGCUGCGUCAGCGUCGGCGCGCGCGACCGUACCGCCCGGUACUGGAAAGUCCCCGAGGAAUCCCAACUAGUUUUCCGCGGCGGCGGUGGCGAAAGCGGUAGCAGCAAGAAGCACAAACUCCCGCCCAAUAUCGACCCCGCCUCCGCAGCGCACGAGGGGAGCAUGGACCGCGUCGCCAUGAUUGACGACGAAAUUUUUGUCACGGGCAGCGACAACGGCGACCUCUCGUUGUGGAGCAUCCAGCGCAAGAAGGCGCUGCACGUGGUGCCCCGCGCACACGGCAUCGAUCCGCCCCUCAAGCCGUCCGAGGCGUCGGCGGACGAGGUCCCCGACCCCAAGGUUGUCCCCGCGCCGCAGCCGAGAGGCGUCACCGCGCUGCGGACAAUCCCCUACUCGGACCUCAUUCUGAGCGGCAGCUGGGACGGCUGCAUCCGCGUGUGGAGAUUGAGUGAGGAUAAGAAAAAGAUUGAAGCUGUUGGUGUGCUAGGCGGCGCUUCAUUGCCAACAGUUACAGCAAACGGGAUACAGUCGGAAGAUUCAGGCGGUCGAGGUCAGUACCGAGACUUAGUCCGCGGUAUAGUUAACGACAUCGCCAUCUUCGAGCGUGGAGAGAGGGGUCGGGAUGGGCUGUGCGUCGUGGCCGUCACAGGCAAGGAGAUGCGGCUGGGCAGGUGGAAGGUUUUGAAGGAAGGGCGAUGCGGCGCCGUCAUCUUUGAGGUGCCCAAGGUGGCGCCUAAAAAGCAGGAUGGCGCAGAGCUGAACGGGACAUCGGCGGGGUCAGAAGGCGAGGAGUAAUGGAAGUAGUGUAUUCCGUAGGACAGGCACAGAUUUGUUGUGGACUAUACCCUAGGGGGCAGGCAGGAAUUGUCACGCUUCUCAGUCAGAUGUGCAUCAAUUUGCGGAAUAGAACCUGC